GCGCCGGAAGAACCACGUCGUCGCCUCCGCUGCAGCGAAGACGUGUAGGUCCCGUAGGGGCCGGCCCCCGGCCUCGUGAACUCUGACCCGGACGCCGGACGGAAGGAGAUCUCUUUCCGGGACAAGAUGGCGCCCUCCACCCCGCUGCUGGCAGUCCGAGGAUCAGAGGGGCUCUACAUGGUGAACGGGCCACCAAAUUGUACAGAAAAUACAGUAUUUCUAAGGGAAUCAGGGAAAAAUUGCAAAGUCUAUGCCUUUAGUAAGGACGGAAGCCUCUUUGCUUGGUGUAAUGGAGAAAAGGUAAAUCUUGUGAAUGUCGCUGACAAUGAGUUGCUACAUUCCUUCAAUCUUCCAAAAGCAGUUUGCCUUGAAUUUUCACCAAAAAAUAGUGUCCUAGCAAUAUGGCAGCCUUACACAGCUCCUAAAGAUGGAACAUCAGGAGUACCUAAUCUACAACUUUAUGAUGUGAAAACUGGAAAAUGUCUGAAGUCUUUCAUCCAGAAGAAAAUGCAGAACUGGUGUCCAUCUUGGGCAGAUGAUGAAAGCAUUUGUGCCAGGAAUGUUAACAAUGAAGUCCAUUUCUUUGAAAACAACAACUUCGGUACAAUUGCAAACAAACUCCAUUUGCAAAAAAUUAGUGAUUUUGUGUUAUCACCAGGACCGCAACCAUGCAAGGUGGCCGUCUACGUUCCUGGCAGCAAGGGAGCCCCAUCCUUUGUGAGGCUGUACCAGUACCCCAGUUUUAGUGGACCUCAUGCUGCUCUGGCUAACAAGAGCUUCUUUAAGGCUGAUAAGGUGACAAUGCUAUGGAAUAAAAAAGCCACUGCUGUGUUAGUAAUUGCAAGUACAGAUGUUGACAAGACAGGAGCUUCUUAUUACGGAGAACAAACCCUACACUACAUUGCAACCAAUGGAGAAAGUGCCGUGGUGCAAUUACCAAAAAAUGGUCCCAUAUAUGAUGUAGUAUGGAAUUCCAGUUCCACCGAGUUUUGUGCCGUUUAUGGUUUCAUGCCAGCCAAAGCUACAAUUUUCAAUUUGAAAUGUGAUCCUGUGUUUGACUUUGGAACUGGUCCUCGUAAUGCAGCCUACUACAGUCCACACGGACAUAUAUUGGUGCUUGCUGGCUUUGGAAAUCUCCGGGGCCAGAUGGAGGUGUGGGAUGUUAAAAACUACAAACUUAUUUCCAAGCCAGUGGCUUCAGAUUCAACGUACUUUGCCUGGUGCCCAGAUGGAGAGCAUAUCGUAACUGCUACCUGUGCUCCAAGGCUGCGUGUUAGUAAUGGGUACAAGAUUUGGCAUUACACUGGCUCCAUUCUACACAAGUAUGACGUCCCAUCGAAUGCAGAAAUAUGGCAAGUGUCUUGGCAGCCAUUUUUGGAUGGAGUAUUUCCUGCAAAAGCAGUAACUUACCAAGCAGUACCAAGCGAAGUGCCAGAGGUGGAGGCUAAGGUGGCAAAGGCUUACAGACCCCCAGCUUUAAGAAACAAACCCAUAACGAGCUCCAAACUGCAUGAAGAGGAACCACCUCAGAAUAUGAAACCACAAUCAGGAAGUGACAAGCCAUUAUCUAAAACAGCUCUGAAAAAUCAAAGAAAGCACGAGGCAAAGAAAGCAGCAAAACAGGAAGCAAGAAGUGAAAGUGGUCAUGAUUUGGCCCUUACCCCAGCUCCGCAGCAGAACACCCCACGAAGUGUCCCUGUGCCAUCAUCAGGAGACCCUGAGGUGGACAAAAAAAUCAAGAACCUGAGAAAGAAACUGAAAGCAAUUGAACAAUUGAAAGAACAAGCAGCUAGUGGUAAACAGCUAGAGAAAAAUCAGAUGGAAAAGAUCCAGAAAGAAACGGCCCUCCUACAGGAGUUGGAAGAUUUGGAAUUGGGUGUUUGAAGUUUUAUGGAAAAUCAGUUACCUGAAAUCAGUGCAAAUACAUUCUCUGUAUUAAACCUACUAGAAUAAUUAAUUUCUUUUGUUUCAAAUGGCUGAGUCCACACACAUGUACAUAUUUACUGUUUAUAUUUCUAACCAUUUAUCCUAAAAUUUGUGCAUGUGGGAAAUUGUUUAAUAAUGUUUAUUAAAUUGGCUUUUCCUAAUUUUCAAAAACAGGUAUAGAAAUGCUUAUGAUACAAAUUAGUAUUAAUAAUAAUUAAUACUAAGUAUCUGAAUAAGCACGUGAGUUUCAGUGGGGGGGAUAUACAUCUGACAGCUUGAGGAUCCCAUGCAAAAAAAUUGCAACAGAGCCCGACUAUUCAGUGAUUUUCAGUUUCAACAGAACUAUAGAAGUAAAUAAAUAACAUUUUAAAUUUAA